AUGAAGCACAAAGAUGGAAAACCGAUCACCCAUCCGGACAAGAAUUCAAGGGCUAUCUCUAUGGCGAUCAUGUUUGUUGUGCUAUGUGGACUUUCUUUUUAUUUAGGUGGGAUCUUCUGUUCUGAGAAGGGAAAAUUUGUCGCCAUUAAUACUCAGAAGACCGCUGAAUCUUCCAAAGAAUCAGCAGUAGCUCCUCUGAAAGUCAAAUCCAAUAGCUUCCCUGAAUGCAGCAUUGAAUAUCAAGACUUCACUCCAUGCACAGAUCCAAGGAGGUGGAAGAAAUAUGGUUACUAUCGGCUUACUUUGUUGGAACGCCAUUGCCCUCCAAUUUUUGAGAGGAAAGAGUGCUUAAUUCCUCCCCCAAAUGGGUAUAAACCUCCAAUUAGAUGGCCAAAGAGCAGGGAUGAAUGUUGGUACAGGAAUGUGCCAUAUGAUUGGAUUAACAAGCAGAAGUCGAAUCAGCAUUGGUUAAUAAAGGAAGGGGAGAAAUUUCUCUUUCCUGGUGGUGGUACUAUGUUUCCCAAUGGUGUGAGUAAAUAUGUUGACUUAAUGCAAGAUCUGAUUCCAGAAAUGAAAGAUGGGACUAUUCGAACUGCUCUUGAUACUGGUUGUGGGGUUGCUAGCUGGGGCGGUGACUUGUUAGAUCGAGGCAUACUAACAGUUUCUCUUGCUCCAAGGGAUAACCAUGAAGCUCAAGUUCAGUUUGCUCUGGAGCGUGGCAUCCCCGCAAUUCUUGGUGUGAUUUCUACCCAGCGACUUCCAUUCCCAUCAAACUCCUUUGAUAUGGCUCAUUGCUCAAGAUGCCUCAUCCCAUGGACAGAAUUUGGUGGAAUUUACCUCCUUGAAAUACAUCGUAUACUUCGUCCUGGUGGGUUUUGGGUCUUGUCUGGGCCUCCAGUCAACUAUGAGAACAGGUGGCGUGGAUGGAACACCACUGUGGAAGAGCAAAGAUCAGAUUAUGAGAAGUUGCAAGACUUGCUGACUUCAUUGUGCUUUAAGAUGUACAAUAAGAAGGGUGACAUUGCUGUAUGGCAGAAAUCUCCCGAUAACAGUUGCUAUGAUAAGCUGGCUAAGGAAACCUAUCCACCAAAAUGCGAUGACAGCCUCGAGCCUGAUUCAGCAUGGUACACACCACUUCGUGCUUGUCUUGUAGUUCCAGAUCCAAAGCUCAAGAAAUCAGGUUUGGCAGCCAUUCCCAAGUGGCCUGAGCGAUUGAAUUUUGCACCUGAACGGGCUUUUCUGAUUCAUGGUGGAAGUUCUAGCGCUUUUAAUCAUGAUGACAACAAGUGGAAGUAUCGUAUUGAACACUACAAGAAGUUGCUUCCUGACCUUGGGACUGACAAGAUUAGGAAUGUGAUGGACAUGAAUACGGUUUAUGGAGGUUUUGCUGCAUCUUUGAUUAAUGAUCCUGUUUGGGUCAUGAAUGUGGUCUCAUCUUAUGCUACCAAUACACUUCCUGUGGUUUAUGAUCGAGGCCUUAUUGGGACCUUGCAUGAUUGGUGUGAAGCCUUUUCAACAUAUCCUCGAACUUAUGACCUGCUCCAUCUUGAUGGACUCUUUACUGAAGAAAGCCAGAGGUGUGAAAUGAAAUAUGUGUUGCUGGAGAUGGACCGAAUUUUACGCCCUACCGGAUACGCAAUAAUUCGAGAAUCCAACUAUUAUAUGGAUGCUAUUUCCGGCAUUGCCAAGGGCAUGCGAUGGGUUUGUCAUAAACAAGAAACCGAAGAUGGGUCUGAUAAGGAGAAGAUAUUGAUAUGCCAGAAAAAGCUAUGGCAGUCACCCAACAGGCGCUCAAGAUGACAGCUCUGGGAUGCAGAAACCAGUGGUGAUGAGUGGCUAGAGCCUGUUAAUUCCAUGAGUAAGGUGCAAAGGGAAGCGAGUUCGAUGCCGCUCUCAGAUAAAGAUUUGGUUAAUUCUAUCAAAGAUACCAAGAGUCAGUAAAGUUAAAGUUGGUUAUUCAAGAGCUAGUAACCUACAAUAAUCUUAAUUUUAUAGAGGAAAUUUUCAUAUUUAUAUUCUUACACAUUUAUUCUUUAUAUGGUUUAAAUGUAUCAGAUAUUGCUCCCUUUUAUUUAGAUCUCGCUCCCUUGUCCUCUCCUUUUGUCGCUCCUGUGUAGUAUGGAAGUGAAUUCAUGUGAAGUGAAGAAAUGAUAAGGUUUUAAGCCCUAUAGAUACAGCAAGUGACUCCCCCAUUCCCGUCACUAAAAGUUGCUGUUUGUUCUUCAAGUAUUCCUGUGGAAAGAACAAUGCUGUUUAUAUGUAAUUUUAUUUUUCCUUCAUUUUAUGAGAAUGAAAUAAUCUUUUUCU